CUCACAUCACACGGACGAGUGGUGAGGACGGGACGCACGCCUCGUGGGUGUGGCUCUCCUCACCUUUCUGCUUUCUCAGCAAUCAGUUGUCGCCAUGGCUCAGUCACGGAUUCCGCAGCAAGGGAACGGCACCUCUCUUCCUCUGAUGCUGCUGCUCCUUCUACUGGUUAUGCUUCCGACUCUGAAAGGUCAGGCCAGCCAAGGCGGGAUGGAGACCGUGCUGGUGCUGCAGGCGUCCGGGGCUCCUUCACCAGCAAGUUACGCUCGCCUCAACACAUCCUUCCCACGCCUGGAAUCCUUCACGCUCUGCUACAGGAUCAAGCUCAACAGGUUUCGCGAAGAGUCAACGCUUUUCUCUUAUGCACUCUCCGACGACCGCGAUAACGAACUAAGGAUAGACCAUCGUGAGACCGGCUAUAAGAUCACACUGCAAGGACAAUGGGCCAACUCGGAGCUUAUCACGCCGCUCCGCCUUUGGGCCCACUUCUGCUUCUCCUACCACCUGUCCACCGCCGCCUGGGCCAUCUAUCUGGACGGGAAGCAGCGCGGCCGAGGAACCUUCGCCGAAACUACCCAGCCUCUUGAGGGAAAUGGAGUGUUUAUAAUUGGUCAGGAGCAGGACUCUCUGGGCGGAGGCUUCCAGAGGGACCAGAGCUUCUCGGGCGAACUGACGCACCUCAACGUGUGGCGCUCCGUGCUGGACGAGGCAACCGUGAACCAGAUUUGGUCGUGCAAGGAAGUAAUACAGGGAGACGCACUGGCCUGGACGUCUGUGCAAGAAUCGUGGUUAACGGAGGGUGAGGCGUCCUGGAGCAUGCAGUCAAAAGAGGAAGUGUGCAGUACGCAAACUCGGGUCGUCACUGUCUUCCCGGACCGCUUCUCCCUGCGGCAGGCUCAGCACCUCUGCCACGUUGUUGGCGGGGAAAUCCUGGUGCCUCUUGAUGAGAAGGAAAAUUCCGUGCUCUUUGAAACUACGAAAAAUGACGCUGACAAGUGUUCUGGUGGCCUCGGGGCGUCAUAUCUCUGGUUGGGUGCCACGGACGAGCACGAGGAAGCGCAGUGGGUCUUCAUGUCCACCCGGCAGUCCUUGUCCUGGCAAGGUCCCUGGAGGGGCGAUGGUCCUAACGGUGGCACUCAGGAGAACUGCUUGGUAAUGCUUUACGGCGCCUUCCCAGGUCGCUGGUCUGACAUUGCUUGCCUGGAUUCCUAUUCCUUCUGUGUGCCGUGCGUGUCACCGCGUCCUGUUACCAUCUACCUUAAAGGUGCUGUCGUGUGCCCCUACUCCCCUUUCAAUCUUCACUACUACCUAGGGCCUUACAGAGACGGCAAGCCAACUCUUCAGGGAUUCUACCACUCUGAUAUCUACUAUCAAAAUGGGACGUGGUAUCUGCAGUCACUGAAGUCCGAGGCAAUAGCGUGGUGGCAGCCGGUGAAGGAAGGACAAUACCCCUUUGGUACUAACAUGUGGACUCUGGGAUCCGAGGUGUGUGACAUAUCCCCGAGCAAGACUGUCAAUCUUACAAUCUCGGUCUGUGGAAGCGGCGACUUCACCUGUUCUGACGGAUCCUGCAUUGACCUGAGGAAACGGUGUGACCUGCGAAUCGACUGCCUUGACCAGAGUGACGAGGCAGAGUGUUCCCUGGUGGCCAUCCCUCCUGGUUACCGCUCCAUAAUCCCUCCAUCACACACCGUCCAUUCAGAGCCACUGCCUAUUGAGUUUCUAUUGAAGAUCAUAUCCUUCCCCACCAUCGCCACGCAGGAACAGAUCUUCAAGGCAACGCUCCAUCUCAGUUUGCGGUGGCGGGACAACAGACUCGACUACCACAACCUGAAAGAAGACCGCACGCUGAAUUUGCUUUCCUACGAUGCCGUCGAGAGAAUAUGGAUGCCGAGAGUGUUCUUCACUAACGCCCAAGGAAACAUGUUCACCAAUCUCGAUCAAGGGUCGCGUGUGGAGUGUGUGAGGGGAGGCGACUCCUACCCCGGACCCGCUACCCUGCAUGAAGAAGUGAACGUUUUCCGCGGCAAUGAGACUAGUCUGGAAAUGAGUCAGCUGUACAGCGCCACCUACUCCUGCGACUUCUAUCUCGCCAUGUUUCCCUUCGACACACAGGUCUGCAAUCUCAACUUCACGCUGGUGUCUGCCGCCGCCACCUACAUGGUUCUCAAACCCACGCUGGCGGAGUACGUUGGCCCAAAGUUCUUAAUUGAAUACGAAAUUGGAGAGACGAUGGUGGAAGUGAGCGAGGGGCAAGAAUUCUCUAACUUAGAUGUGUCAGUGAAGUUUUCCCGCCGCUACACCUUCUACCUGUUGACGCUCUAUAUUCCCACAAUCCUUCUUAUUCUCAUCGCCUACGCCACCUUCUUCUUUAACCCAGACGAUUUCAACUCCCGCGUGGUGGUGGCCGUCACAUCCCUGCUCGUUCUCACCUCCUUGCUGACCCAGACUUCGAACGCGCUGCCCAAGACAUCUUACUUCAAGCUCAUCGAUGUCUGGCUCUUCUUCUCCAUCGUUAUCAUCUUCCUGGUCAUCCUCCUUCAGACUCUAGUCAACUUUUCCCGCGAGAAGCCCUUCAGUACCAACACUCCCUCCACCUGGUUCCGUUCCCUUUUGAAAAGAUUGUGCUUCAAGACGGAGAAGAGAGCACCACAAGCCCUCACCCUUGUGCGCUCCUUCUCCAUCGCCAACAAACGACAGGAUGGCAAUAAUGACGCCACGAGUAAGGUCGCGGCAGCCGGAGUCUCCCUCGGUGAAUUCAUAUCCGAUGACAGGAGAGCCAGGAUGCGAACGUUUAAGGAGGAGUGGGAGAAGGAUCGCAAAGAGAAAUUAAUGAACAUGAUGGACGACAAGGGAGGACACAUCUACGGCAGCGGGAGGAAGAAUAUUGAGGAGGAGGUCAAUAUGGCCUUAAUGGUGAAGAGCAGGGUACUGAUUCCCAUCCUAUACCUUAUCUUUAACGCUGUUUACUGGACCGUUUCUAUGAGAGAAAUUCUUAGCAGAUGAAAGCACGGCUGACGAAGAAGAGACUGAAGCAAUGGCAGCAAGUAAUUCAGGAGAAGAACUUAGCAUGCCUCCCGACUUCUGCUGCUUCUCACUCUUACCGGAUGGCGGCAGGCUUCUCCAGACAUACAGUACCUGGGGCGAUGAGGUACGGUGAGGCAACCUUUAGGAAAAUUCAGUGUCCUAAGAACUUCUCCUCGAAAACACUCCAUGGAAUACCAGUAUACGACGUAAUAUAAAAAUGUGAUUCAACUCUUCGUACCAUCACUGCAUGUUAUGAUAAUCUACUUUCUCUUAUUUAUGAAAACUGUAGCCUGUGCUCUCCCAUGAAAUUCUUGUUUAUGUUUGUAUUUACACAGAAUAGGAGUUUUGUUUACGUUUAGUUAGUUACUAAAUACACUGUUUUAUGACAUCUGUUGAAUCAAGGAUAGAUUCUGUUAGUGCAUUGUAAUUUCAGUUAAUAUGUGUAUUAUUUUAUAAGUCGGCAAUGCAUAUUAAUUUAUGAUGAAUAUUAAAUAAAAAUAUUUCAGAAAA